AAGACUUCAAUUAUUAAUAUUUUUCAAAACGACAGAAUUUUCUUCGAUCUCAAUUCCUUAGCCCACACGUCCAAACCAUCGAUCUUUGGAUCAAAAUCGGAAGACAACGGCAUUUCAUCGGCGAUCGAGGGGGAAAAUUAAAGGAACAAAGAUGAAGAUCGAUGUUAAUGCGAUGGCUCGUACUGUCGAAGUCGAUAAUCGAAUUCCUCUCCAUUAUUAUUACCGAAUCGCCGAUAAUCUCCUCAAACAGGCGAGCAUUUACCGAGACGAAAAGAACCUAGUAGAUUUGUAUAUAAUACUACUUAGAUAUUCAAGUUUGGUGUCGGAGACUAUACCCUUUCAUCGGGAUUACCAGGUUUUGCUUCACAAAGAAAAGGCUAAAUAUAGGAAGAGGCUUUUAGCUGUACUUGAUGAGCUAGAAUCUCUAAAACCGGAGGUUCAUCGGAGAGUUGAAGAACUAAAUAGACCUCAUGCAGGGAAUAAAUUGAUUGAAUCUGAUGGCUAUGAAAUCACUUCCUAUGGCUCUGAGAACACAUCACCUUUGGAAUGGCCCCAUGUGAAUAAAGGUUCUAAUAUGAGCUUAGACAUUCAGCAGCCUGCCAACAUGGCUGUUCAAUCUUCAUGGAAGUAUAAUAACGAGCAUAAUCAAAUUGACAAUCAGUUCCAAAAGUUGUCUAUUAAUGCGCCUCUUCCAAAUAAAGAAACAUUGUCUAGACACUCAUUUCUUGGUCCUAAUGGUCUUCGAGGCCAGUGGCUUGGACCUGGUGCAGAGAUAAAGGUUCAAUAUCCAAGCAGUAUGGACUUGGUUCCUGCAGAAAAUUCAGGUUCGAAUCAGACUGGACAAUAUGGUUAUCUGGCUGUAAAAGAUGCUGAUAUAGGACAGGUUGGUUCAGCGAUGGAGUCAGUGCUCUCCUUAGAUGAUGGUCGAUGGUUAAAUCCUGCUGAAGGCCGUUCAUGUCACCCUUUAAUUACUGAGGCAAAGGAGGACCCCUUCCAGUUUGUCGGUAUCAAACAACCUUCUCCUCCUCCUGUUCUUGCUCAAGUCCAUCAGGACUUUGCUGCAAUACCUCCAUCAAAAGUUGCUGAUCCAAGACCUGGUCCAGCAAAGUCUUCUCAAGACGGAAUGCCAAACAGUAGUUCAUAUCAGCAUUUACAUGUUCCAGUGCGCAUGAUGGAGGAUUUCUUACGUCUAGCUCGGGCAAAUACUGCAAAAAAUUUGGAAACAUGUGGUGUUCUGGCUGGAUCAUUGAAAAACAGGGUUUUCCAUAUCACCACACUUAUAAUCCCAAAGCAGGAAUCCACUUCAGAUUCGUGUUCAACAUUAAAUGAAGAAGACAUUUUUGAAGUUCAAGAUAAAUUAUCUCUGUUUCCCCUGGGUUGGAUUCAUACACACCCAACUCAGACGUGUUUCAUGUCAUCAGUUGAUCUUCACACUCAUUACUCGUAUCAGAUUAUGUUACCGGAAGCAAUUGCAAUUGUUAUGGCCCCUACCGAUACAUCCAGCCCACACGGUAUCUUUCACCUGUCCGAUCCGGGCGGUGUGUCCAUCAUUCGUAAUUGUCAGCAACGAGGAUUCCAUCCGCACGAGGAGCCUUCAGACGGAACACCGAUCUACGAGCAUUGCUCUCAUGUAUUUAUGAACCCAAAGAUAAAGUCCGAUGUCAUUGAUCUCCGGUGAGAUACAAUCGUAUGGGUCAGCUUAAGAGAAUCAUAGUCCCAAUACGGCUUGUAACCAUUCUUCGUCAAUUCUAUUGAUAAGAGUUAUAUAUAAACCUUUCCUGCUGUAUAAUGUAUACUAUUAGUAGACGUUUCUUUGAAGAAGUGGCCAUUAAUCAUUAAGAUUCAACGGAAAUGAGAUUUAAUAUGAACAAAAUUGGGG